GUCGCUUGUAGACUGGCAUGAAUGCUUACCUGAAAGUCGGGGUGGCUAAGGGUGUGCAAGGGAGCGGUGGAACCAUAUCGUAAAUACUGUCUAUGGAUAAAGCUUAUUUCGUGAAAUAACAACUUACGAGGAAACAGACUGAAAUUAUUGGCCCACAACACGAUGGGGUCAGCUAUGCUGCUGUUGUCAGCAACACUUGCAGGCUUGAUUGCCUCAAGUUAUCAACAAGUCAACUCUGCUCCCUAUUUCGUUACGAACGAAAAUGGUCAAAACGUAGAUGGUAACCUUCUUGAUCGGCUCACCAAGCAAGGUAUCUUGGAAAACACAGCAAUAGGCACUAGUGUGGGGACGCUGUCAUGCAAAGAUGAUGAUGGGGACCCAAUUGUGGGCUAUGGGGUACAGAGUCAGACACUGGAGGUGAAUGAGGCAACAGGCGAGGUCACCGUUAACCGGCUCUUGGACAGAGAGAACUAUUUGAAAGAAUUUGAGAACAAUCCAACUGGAGAGAAUGCUCGACUGCUCAAACCAGUGUUUAGUUGCUGGGAUGGGAGGGGCCUAACAGCAACAGUAGAGAUUGACAUCACAUUGACUGAUGUGAAUGAUAAAGCCCCUGAGUUUCUCAAUGGCCCCUACAGCAUGAAGGUGAACGAGAAUGUUGCUACUGGAACGCCAUAUUCACCGGGAUAUCGAUACGGGAUGAAGAUGCUGCAGAUAAUGCCCGAGUGACCGUCGCCUGUUCCUCAAGUGAUGCUGAGUCGCAGGCAACGUGUGAAAUAUUUACUGUGGAAACGGCCUUGACUGGGCCAGGGACAUACAGUUCGUCCAUAGUUCUACAAAGACAACUUGACUUUGAAUCUCGAAGAAGUUACACCAUGACUCUGA